AUGGGCGCCGUCAUUUCGUAUCUCCAGGGCGGCAUCACCACCGUCACAAGCGCUCUCCGCACGCUCUCGGCUCUCAACGCAAAGUACCAGUCUCUCCUCCAGCGAGUCCACGCUGGCCCCUUUUCCCCCGCCGAGAACCCGACGGUGUCCUACUGGAUGCAAAAUCCGCCAUUUCCAGAGAUUGGCGACAUUCAAGACGACUUGCCCGCGGAGGCUGAUGUGGUCAUCAUUGGGAGUGGCAUCACCGGCGCCGCGGCUGCAAAGACGGUGCUGGAGCUUUCUUCAUCAGUAUCGCCUGCAAAAGCGCCGCAAGUGGUCGUUCUGGAGGCAAGACAGCUGUGCAGCGGCGCGACGGCGAGAAACGGCGGACACAUCAAAUGCGUGCCGCACGAGGAGUUUGCGCAGCUGAGACGGACGCUGGGCGAGGAAAAGGCGAGGAAGAUUGUGAGGAUGAAGAUGCGGCAUUUGGAGGUGCUGCAGGAGGUUGGCGCGGAGAUGCCGUGGGGGGAGGUCAGGGAGGUUGAGACUGUGGACGUGUGUCUUGAGAGAGGCGUGUUUGAGAAGCUGAAGACGCGUGCGGACGAGUUGAAGGAGUGGAUGCCCGAGUGUGAGAUUGAGGCGUGGGAGGCGGAUGAGGCGAGAGAAAGGUUUGGAGUGAACCAGCAUGUUGUCGGCGCAGUCUCGUACAAGGCGGGUGCUCUGUGGCCGUACCGUCUCGUCACCAGCACCUGGAACGACCUGAUGAAGCGAUAUCCAAACCUCGCCGUCAGCACACACACGAUGGUCUCAUCCAUCUCGCCCAACAGCGAUGCCGCCACAGCAGACUCCACGCCAUACACGGUCCACACGCCACGCGGCACUCUCCGCGCAAAGCACGUCCUCCACGCCACAAACGGCUACACAGGCCAUCUGAAUCCGGCCCUGAGGGGCUGCUUGACGGGUGUGAUUGGCCACAUGACGGCGCAGAGUCCUGGAAAAUCCUUUGCGCCGGUGUGCCAUGGCGGGAGAUCAUGGUCUGUCAUUUACGGCAAUGGAUAUGACUAUGUGACGCAGCGGCCGGAUGGAGAGGACGGGUCUGCGGGAGAGCUGAUGCUGGGAGGAGGCCUGUUUCGGAGCAAGGACGAGGGGCUGGACCAGAUUGGCGUGUGGGACGAUGGCCGGACGGAUGCGUUUCCGCUGAUGCACCUGAGGGGGAGCAUGGCGACGAUAUUCGAGCCGAGAUGGGGUGUUGGCGGCGAGCUUAAGGGGGCGUGGACGGGCAUCAUGGGGUUCACGGGGGAUAUGCUGCCCUUUGUGGGGAGUCUUCCCGCCGAGAUGGAUGUGUUAGUUCCGUCGAGGAAGAGUAAAACGAAAAGGAUCCAGGGAGGCUUUGAAAAGGGGGCGUCUGGACAGUGGCUGGCUGCUGGCUUCAACGGAGAGGGCAUGGUGUGGGCGUGGCUGAGCGGCGUGGCGGUGGCCAUCAUGAUGCUGGGCUUGGAGGAGGAGGACUUGGAGAAGGCUGUGGGACGGCCGGGGGGGAGGCUGGAUGAGUGGUAUCCGAUGGAGGAGGUGAGAGUUGAUGCGGCGAGGCUGAGGAGGGCGGAUUUGACGAACAUGGCGGGUGAGGUUUGA